GGGGUCUCUACAUCAUCUAUGACGUGGCCCUGGUGGACCUGCAAGAGUUGGAGCAACAUCUGCUGCUCACUGCGUCUCAUUUCAUACAGAGGAGCAGAGAAUCGCAUGCGUCUGAUGGAUCUGGAGGAGACCUUCACUCUCUGGCUAGAAUGGAUGUGGAUCGGUUGGCUGUACUUUUAGACAUAUGGACAUGUGAAACAGAAUUUCUGGAGCACAAAAUACAGCUCUUGAAUUGCUAUUUGGAGGCGUAUCAGCAUGUCACAGAUCCAGAGGAGCAGUUCAGAUUGGCUCAGGUCAUCACAGAUGUCAUGCACAGAAGGCCACAGAUUGAUUUUACUGCUGGAUAUUUUGUUCAAGCUUACAGGGACACGAUCGUCUGCAUCCACAGCCACCAACAGCUUAUCAAACUAGUGCUGAACAACCAUAUUGAUGAGCAGCGGCAGUACCUGGAGAGAAUAUGGAGGGAGGGACAGAAAGGUUGUCCUAGUGAAUACGGCCUGCCACCAAACUGCAUCCCUAAACAUUUGGUAUCAGUCGGUGGAAGCAGGCCUUCUUUGAAGAGUGUGUAUUUUUUAGAGAUACACCCCUCUUUGUGUUUGGCGUCUCGGCUGUAUGAGGAUCUUGAACGGUCCUGUACUGAACUAUUUGAGCUGCACAGAGCCAAAACACCAUCUCAGAGAGUCAACCUUGAGCAAAGGCUCUUGAAAACGGCCCUGCAUCGUUGGCACACGCUUGCAGCUCCUGGCACCACCUACAGUUCUCAGAUCCAGAGAGACUUGUUCUCAGAUGGGUUCGUGGAAGAUCCUGUUCUGGUCAGAGUGCUAGGAAUGUCCGUUGUGAGAUCUGCAGAGGAACAGGAGAGGAAACAAGGCAAAGACAGACAGUUGUUCAUGCUGAAGAUGUUCUGCACAUUGUUAGAGCUCGUCACACUCCGUCACCGCAUCAUUGAAUCCGCUUCAGAAACUGAACAUCUGUCCCAAUUAUAUAAAUCAGUGGCCAGAGUGAUGGGCUUUGACGAUGUUCAUUUGUACAUGCGGCCGGUGCAGUUUGAGGUUGCUGUGAGGAAAGAGACUACAAAACAACUUCCCGUCUUCAUCACCGCCCUUCAGGACGACAAACAGAAUGCGGACAGGUUUGCCCCAAACUGCCUGCCUCUGUGUGUUCAGGAACUUGAUGAGAGUGAUAUUGGCAAAUUUAGCUUUCAAUCUAACGAAGCAGUUCUACAGCUCAUGAAUCAGUCCAGCUUGGAGAACCUGCAUGUGGUUCUGGUGUGUCAGGUGGUUCAGAAGAAUGCUCUGAUUGGAGCGCUUAAACAAGCGUCCUUGUGCUAUAGGAUAGAGAAGCUGGAUCAGUCCUCGGAUACAGAGCUGCCACUGCAGCAUGAGGGAUCGGCUUCCUCUGAAACCAGGAGACGUGCCUUAGCUACUAGAAACAGGCUUGCAGGGGCUUUUGUGUCCAUUCAGCUGGAGAAAGUAGGAGUUCGAGAUGAAAUGCUGAAUGCCUUUAUAAAGAAGAAAGAACAGACGAGUUCGCUGAAGCUAAGCUCUGAAGAAGUGGCCAGGAUCAAGAGGAAACUGAUUCUGGAUUUCUGUCACAAAUUUAACAUGCGCAUGUCACAGAGUUGUGUCCGAGGGCAGGUUGUAGCUCUUUGCCACAGUUUCACCUCACUGCUCCACGAGGUGCCACACAUCCGCGACCAACACUUUGUGAUGGGAACACCCAACGAAACCAGAUCAGACCUGCAGUCAGAGGACAGAGUGUGUCCUGAUCCAAGGACAUUUCAGCCUCGUCCCAGAAGACUGCUAUCAGCCGAUGGAAAGACUCUAGUAAACCUGUGGUUCAUCCCUCAUCAUACAGAAGUGCUGCUCAUGUUCAGGAUUCUGGAGGAGAAG